CACACAAACGACGCAUCCAUUCCUCUCUUUCUCUCUAUUUGUGUCUCUCUCUUUGGGCUUUGGUUUCUCUCUCCUCUUCGAUCCCAAAUCUACUAGGGAUUCAUAUCCGAUGCGAUUCUGAGCUUGUAGAUCCACGUCGAGGUUUCAUUUUCCAGGAAGUUAAAAAAAAAUGGACCAUGACAAGACUGGAUGCCAAGCUCCCCCCGAAGGUCCUAUAUUGUGCAUCAACAACUGUGGGUUUUUUGGAAGUGCAGCCACCAUGAACAUGUGUUCAAAGUGCCACAAAGACAUGAUGUUGAAACAGGAGCAGGCCCAGCUUGCAGCAUCAUCCAUUGGGAAUAUCAUGAAUGGGUCAUCAAGCAGCAGUGAAAAUGAACCUGUUGUUGCUGCUAAUGUGGAUAUCCCAGUCCUUCCAGUAGAGCCUAAAACUAUCACUGUGAAAUAUUUAUUUGGUUCAGGUUCAGAGGAGAGUGGUGAGGCAAAGCUGAAGGAUGGUCCAAAACGUUGCAGUAGCUGCAAUAAGCGGGUUGGUUUGACCGGAUUUAAUUGUCGAUGUGGUAACCUUUUCUGUGCCGUACAUCGCUACUCAGACAAGCAUGAUUGCCCAUUUGAUUACCGCACUGCUGCCCGGGAUGCCAUAGCUAAAGCAAACCCAGUUGUCAAGGCUGAGAAGCUUGAUAAGAUCUAAGAUCUGGUAUCUUGAAGUUUCAUGCCUUGAGAUGAUGUUAUACCCAAUUUCGUCAUGACAUGGCGCAAGUUUCCUGCACAUUUCGUUGGUCUUCUUCUAUUAUAUUGUUUAUAUGUGGUGGGGGACUUGGGAGUUAUAUGACAUGUCUGCAAUUUGAAGGACUAUUUAUUGUGUUUGGCGAAAAUAUGUAUGUUGCCCGAGUGUGUUUUUAAAUCUCUGCUGGUUUGGUGGAAGUUGGUGUUGUUAGCUUUGUAAUGCAUCUAUUCUGUUUCGGAGAAUGGUACGUUCAAUUUACAGAUGGUUUCAAGAGCAUCCAUGGACAUUUAGAUUGUAAUUAUUUUGGGCUAUCUAUGAACUUCUCUCGAUAA